AUGUUGACUGCAUCUGAACUGCUAUUGGCAAAUGAAAUUAUAGAAGUACUGCAACCACUUGAAAAACUUACAAGGGAAUUAUGUGGAGAACGAUUUGUCACGGCUAGCAAAAUUAUUCCAUUAAUCAAUUGCUUGAAAAAUAAAAACGAACAACUUUGCAAGAGUUUAAAAACACAAACUGCACUUUCUUUAGUUGAUCGUUUUCAAAACUCUAUUGUGACGAAAUUUGGACAAAUAGAAAACAAUUCUAUUAUGGCUGCUUCGACGAUUCUGGAUCCUAGAUUUAAAAAAUUGCAUUUUAAUCAAUCUUUGGCAUGUUCGCAUAUAAUCAGUCGUAUUGCUGGAUGGAUGAGAGAAUUAAAUCGGACGAAUGUGUCUAAUAAUGAUGUAAUUGCCGAAACGAACAUGGAAAUAUCGGACAAAACUUACGACCUAUGGUCUUUUCAUGAUGAUCUUCUCAAAAGUAGGACUGUAAAUACUGCGCAACAGCAGCAAGAUGAGAUACCAACUGACUUGAAACACUACUUGAAUCGAACAAUGAUAGAUCGUAAUGAAAAUCCAAUGAGUUAUUGGAUAAACUUCGCAUCAGUAUAUCCGACUCUCAGCGUUAUUGCCAAAAAAUACUUGGCAAUUGUUGGAACGUCAGUGCCUUCUGAGAGAUUAUUUUCAAGAGCUGGCAAUAUUUUAACCGAUUCCAGGAAUCGACUUUUGCCCGAUCAUCUACAAGAAUUGUUAUUUUUAAAUUCACUGUCUAUUACAGAUUGGCAAUUAAAAAAUGAAUAA